CCGGGCACCAGGACCUGCGGUCCAAUGGUGCCUCCCUCCUCCCAGGUACACUGUUCACUUUGCCCUAUAGCAUUAAGGGCUGAACUGGGAGGGACUGGAAGCCCGAAUGAGUCCUGGCGUGUAGUCGACCAAUCGUGAGGGGCCCUGGGGGUCGUGCUGAGAUGAGAUUCCCCUAAGUGUCUCCAAAACCAGGUGACGCACAGUAACAUCAGCUUCUCCUGCCACCAGCGCCCCACUGAUUUGCACAUUUGGGCCUCAGUCUGGGUCAAGCGCCCUCGGGAAACGGGAACCAGAGUCUAGGCCUGCAGCCUUGGUUUCCCUGGAGGAAAACUCAUGGGAGGCUGGGUCAAGGCUGUAUCAGGCCUUCACCCUGAGCUGCCACCACCUACCCACCUUGUUGAAGAUGUCACUGCUUGGAAGGGACCUCAAAAGUGACUCCAGCUCCCUGGACGAUGGGUCCAAGGCACUCUUGGAGAGGAGCAGCACGGUCACUGCAGAGAACGCCCGUCCUGCUGAGGAGGCCAAUGGCUUAUCGAGGAUGCAAACCUUGAUCCACUUAUUGAAAUGCAACAUUGGCACAGGGCUCCUGGGGCUUCCCCUGGCCAUGAAAAAUGCCGGCUUAUUGGUGGGUCCUAUCAGCCUGCUGGGCAUUGGAGUCCUCACCGUGCACUGCAUGGUCAUCCUGUUGAACUGCGCCCAUCACCUCAGUCAGAGAUUGCAAAAGACUUUUGUGAACUAUGGAGAGGCCAUGAUGUACAGCCUAGAGACCUGCCCAAACACCUGGCUGAGGACCCACUCGGUGUGGGGCAGGUACACUGUCAGCUUCUUAUUAAUCACCACUCAACUGGGAUUCUGCAGUGUUUAUUUUAUGUUUAUGGCUGACAAUUUACAACAGAUGGUGGAAGAAGCCCACAUGACCUCCAACAACUGCCAACCCAGGAAGCUCCUGGUGCUGGCCCCAAUCCUGGACAUUCGCUUCUACAUGCUGACAAUCCUGCCCUUCCUGAUCCUGUUGGUGUUUAUCCAGAACCUCAAGCUGCUGUCCAUCUUCUCAUCGCUGGCCAACCUCACCAUGCUGGGGAGCAUGGCUCUGAUCUUUGAGUAUAUCCUUCAGGAGAUUCCAGAUCCCAGCACCCUCCCCUUGGUUGCAAGCUGGGAGACCUUCUUACUGUUCUUCGGUACAGCCAUCUUCACAUUUGAAGGUGUUGGUAUGGUCUUGCCUCUCAAAAAUCAGAUGAGGAAUCCGCAGCAGUUUCCUUUUGUUCUGUACUUGGGGAUGUCCCUUGUCAUUAUCCUCUACAUCUGCCUGGGGACACUGGGCUACAUGAAGUUUGGGUCAAGCACCCAGGCCAGCAUCACCCUCAACUUGCCCAAUUGCUGGCUGUACCAGUCGGUCAAGCUGCUCUACUCCAUCGGCAUCUUCUUCACCUACGCCCUCCAGUUCCACGUCCCAGCUGACAUCAUCCUCCCCUUCGCCAUCUCCCAGGUGGCAGAGAGCUGGACACUGUUUGUAGACCUGUCUGUCCGCAUAGCCUUGGUCUGUCUGACCUGUGUCUCAGCCAUCCUCAUCCCCCGCCUGGACCUGGUCAUCUCCUUUAUGGGCUCCGUGAGCAGCAGCGCCCUGGCCCUCAUCAUCCCGCCCCUCUUGGAGAUCAUCACCUUUUAUCCUGAAGACAUGAGCUGUGUCACCAUUGCAAAGGACAUCAUGAUCAGCAUCCUGGGCCUUUUGGGGUGUGUAUUUGGAACAUACCAAGCCCUCUAUGAGUUGAUCCAACCCAUCAACCAAUCCAUAGCCAACUCCACAGGUGUCUAUGCAUAAUUCUCUAUUUUUAUUCUAAUAGCCCUCCCAUCCUCCCACCCCCAACUUGACUUCCAUUGUGGAUGUUAUAUACAUUCAUCAAACCCCAA